AUGCUGAUGCAGCUCUGUAGUUUCAAGAACUUGUACCAGAAUCGGUUCCUGGGCCUGGCAGCCAUGGCCUCCCCAACCCGCAGCAGCCAGACCCGCCAGCGCUGUAAGGAUGCGGCUCGUCACAGCUACGGCCCAGACUCCUACGCUGUCAACGGUCUGAACCAGGAGGCCUUCAUGCUGGGGCUGUCGCGGUCCACCAGUGACACUGAUCUGGUCUCCCCAGACGCCCGCUCCACCCUCACCAUCAGCUCCUCCCAUUACACCAUCGGCCAGUCUGAAGACCUGGUGAUCACAUGGGACAUCAAGGAGGAAGUGGAUGCCGGAGACUGGAUCGGAAUGUAUCAUGUUGAUGAGGCUUUGUCUGAGAACUUUCUGGACUACAAGAACCGAGGAAUCAACGGUUCUCACAAGGGACAGAUCGUUUGGAAAAUUGACUGCAGCUCUCACUUCAGUGACUCUGAGACCCAGGUGUGCUUCAGAUACUACCACGGUGUUACCGGAGCACUGAGGGCCACGACGCCCACCGUAACCAUCAAGAAGGGCCCUGCACCCGUAUUAAAACCAGUGGUUAGUCCUGAAGUCAACCAUGGACUGGGCAACAGGAGACUUAUUAACUUUUCCCUGUCAGACCUCCAGGCAGUUGGUCUGAAGAAGGGGAUGUUCUUCAAUCCUGACCCGUACCUGAAGCUCUCCAUCCAGCCUGGAAAACACAGCAUCUUCCCCUCGCUGCCGCACCACGGCCAGGAGAAACGCUCCGGGGUGGUGUGCAACACAGUCAACCCACAGUGGAGCACAGAGAGGUUUACCUUUGUGUCUCUGCCCACUGACGUCCUGGAGAUCGAGGUGAAGGACAAGUUUGCCAAGAGUCGUCCAAUCAUCAAGCGCUUCCUGGGGAAGCUCUCUGUCCCCGUCCAGAGGCUCCUGGAAAAACACGCCAUUGGGGAUCGGGUGGUGAGUUAUUCUCUGGGUCGCAGGUUGCCGACAGAUCACGUCUGCGGUCAGCUGCAGUUCCGCUUUGAGCUGACCUCCUCCAUCCACCCAGAUGAUGAGGAGGUCUCCCUGGUCGUAGAGCCGGCCGCUCCUGACGGCGACGAUGCAGCAGAAGUCAACCACGCUAUUGAGGCGCCUGAUGACGACACUCUGAGUGUGGGUCCUGACAUGCCCGACCUCCCCUUGGACGCCCCUCCUGACCCUGAGACCUGCGAGCCUCCUGCCUCCACAGCUGAGGAGGCCCCACCCGAGGAGGUGGAGCAGGAGGAGGGGGCCACAGCUCAACCGCAGGAGGAGAGCGGUGGAGUGGAGGAGGCUGAGGGAGGAAAGGAGGAAAGGCAGCAGGAGGAAGGAGAGGAGGCGCAGAGAGAGGAGUCUGCAGCCCAGGCUGAGGAGAUAACAGAAGAAGAAAAGGAGGCUGGGGAGGAAACUCAGCCAAAGCCGGACUCUGACCGUCCUGUAGCCGUAACAACAAACGACGGGGCCCCGACUGCAGAGGCGCCCACAGAGGAAAACACCACAUCCCAGGAGGCUCCUGCAGAAGCUACUGAAGGUGCCCCGCAGGAGGUGACGGAGGGAGGAGAGAGAAGCUCCGCCCCCUGCGCUUGCCAGUCCCUCUUCUCAAACUACAACUCCCAUGCUCCCUCACGCCGCAAAAACCGCCCCUGCUCACUCCCUGUGUCGGAGCUGGAGACGGUGAUCGCCUCAGCCUGCGGCGAGCCGGAGACACCGCGGUCCCACUACAUCCGCAUCCACCACCUCCUGCACAGCCUCCCCUCGGCCCAACAGAGACCUCCCAGCCAGGAGGAGGAAGAGGCCGGGGACGGAGAGAAUACGAACACCACUGAGGACACCACCUCCACAUCACCGACGCUGAAAACCUCCAAAGACAGAGAGGAGGAGGGCCUCUCCAUCGAACGCCUCUCUGAGCUGAACCAGCUCUUGGAAGGCGAAGGAGGACACGCGGCCGUGAGGCGGAUCUCCCCCUCCUGCCUGGAGAGCGAAGAGGGCGACUCCAGUAACGGAGGAGGAAGAAGAGUCGGCGGGGGCACCCACAGACCACCGGUUGAAAACGAGUGUGAGUUUUGCGACACUUCCUGCUACAGCACCUCCUGCUACAGCACUUCCUGUUACAGCACGUCGUGCUACAGCAACUCUGGCUACGAGGGGCGGAGCCGCUUCUGCAGCCACACCCGCCUCUCCUCGGUGGACAGCAACAGACUCUCCGGCAGCACCGUGUUCUCCUCCCAGGACGAAGACGAUGACGAGGAGAGCGCCUUUGAGCCGGUGAUCGAUGCCGGCAACACGCCGGAGGGCCAGGAGGUGGGCGGGGCAGGAGGAGAGAGGAGGACGGGGAGGCGGAAGGAAGCCAGGAGGGGAGAGCAGGGGGAGCCAGCUGUGGCCGGGCCCAGCGACAGGAACAGCAUCGGCUCAGGCUUCUCCCCUCCUGUUGGCCAUCUUCCAGUCCUGCGACCCAGCCAUGACCUAAACCAUUUUCCUGCUGCCACUGACCAAGCCUUACCUCCAAACUGGGAAGCUCGUAUCGACAGCCACGGCCGAGUUUUCUACGUGGACCACGUCAACAGGACGACGACCUGGCAGAGGCCGAGCCACGGCGGCAAGUGUAACCACGGCAUCCCCCGCUCAGGGUCCACCCAGCAGAUGGAACAACUCAACAGGAGGUACCAGAGCAUCCAGAGGACCAUGGCCACCGAGGAGGAGGGAGGGGGUCCCAGGUUAGAGCGGAGCAGCAGCACAGAGACGGAUUCUGAACCUGCGCCGACAGGCCCCGCCUCUCCUGUCAGUCACCAGAAGAUCAGCCACCUCCUCCAAUCACCUGCUGUCAAGUUCAUCACACACCCAGAGUUCUUCACUGUGUUGCACAGUAACUAUGCAGCCUACCGGAUGUUCACCAGCAGCAGCUGUGUCAAACACAUGAUACUGAAGGUGCGUCGCGACGCCAGGAACUUCGAGCGCUACCAACACAACCGGGACCUGGUGGUUUUCCUCAACAAGUUCGCGGACACCCAGCUGGAGCUGCCGAGGGGCUGGGAGAUCAAGACUGACCCCCAGGGCAAGUCGUUCUUCGUGGACCACAACAGUCGAGCAACGACCUUCAUCGACCCUCGGAUCCCGCUGCAGAACGGCCGGCUGCCUGGACACCUCGCCCACAGACAACACCUGCAGAGACUACGCAGCUACAGCGCAGGCGAGGCCUCUGACGUGUCCAGGAGUCGUGGAGCUUCUCUGAUGGCCCGGCCUGGAAACAGUCUGGUGGCCGCCAUCCGAAGCCAACAUCACGGUGACUCACAGCCACCAGCUUACAAUGACAAGAUCGUGGCAUUCCUCCGACAGCCCAACAUCUUUGACAUGUUGCAGGAGCGACAGCCGAGCCUGAGCAGAAACCAUGCCCUCAGGGAGAAGAUCCACUACAUCCGGACUGAAGGUACCCAGGGGGUGGAGAAGCUGUCGUGUGACGCAGACCUGGUCAUCCUGUUGAGUUUAUUUGAAGAAGAAAUCAUGUCCUACAUUCCACCUCACCCCAUCCACCCCGGCUUCAGCUUCUCUCCUCGCUGUUCGCCUGCCUCCUCACCACAGAACUCCCCUGGCCUGCAGAGGGCCCGGGCCCCGGCUCCUUACCGCAGAGACUUUGAGGCCAAACUAAGGAACUUCUACAGGAAGUUGGAGGCGAAGGGCUACGGCCAAGGACCGGGCAAGAUCAAGCUGCUCAUCAGGAGAGAACACCUGCUGGAGGGAACCUUCAACCAGGUGAUGGCGUACUCCCGCAAAGAGCUGCAGAGGAACAAACUCUACGUUACCUUCCUGGGGGAGGAGGGGUUGGAUUACAGCGGCCCGUCCAGAGAGUUCUUCUUCCUCUUGUCUCAGGAGCUCUUUAACCCGUACUACGGCCUGUUCGAAUACUCGGCCAACGACACGUACACCGUUCAAAUCAGCCCCAUGUCGGCGUUUGUAGAGAACCAUCUGGAAUGGUUCCGGUUCAGCGGUCGUAUCCUAGGCCUGGCUUUGAUUCAUCAGUACCUGCUGGAUGCUUUCUUCACCAGACCGUUCUACAAGGCCCUGCUCAGACUGCCGACAGACCUGUCUGACCUGGAGUAUCUGGACGAGGAGUUCCACCAGUCGCUGCAGUGGAUGAAAGACAACGACAUCACCGACAUCCUGGACCUCACCUUCACCGUCAACGAGGAAGUCUUUGGCCAGGUGACGGAGCGGGAGUUGAAGUCGGGCGGUUCCAACCUGCAGGUGACUGAGAAGAACAAGAAGGAUUACAUCGAGCGAAUGGCCAAGUGGAGGGUGGAGAGAGGGGUGGUGCAGCAGACGGAGGCUCUGGUCCGAGGCUUCUACGAGGUGGUGGACUCCAGGCUGGUGUCCGUGUUCGAUGCUCGGGAGCUGGAGCUGGUGAUCGCUGGGACAGUGGAGAUCGACCUCGGUGACUGGAGGAGCAACACCGAGUACAGAGGAGGUUACCAUGACGGCCACAUAGUGAUGCGUUGGUUCUGGGCCGCCGUGGAGCGCUUCAACAACGAGCAGCGUCUCCGCCUGCUGCAGUUUGUCACGGGGACGUCCAGCGUUCCCUACGAAGGCUUCGCCGCUCUGCGAGGCUCCAACGGCCUCCGACGCUUCUGCAUCGAGAAGUGGGGCAAAGUCACAUCACUACCCAGGGCUCAUACCUGCUUUAACCGCCUGGACCUGCCUCCAUACCCUUCAUACACCAUGCUGUAUGAGAAACUGCUGAUCGCCGUGGAGGAAACCAGCACAUUUGGCCUGGAGUGA